UGGAAAUAAUGGGACACUGGUGCUGCGUCAAAGGAUGCAACAGUAAUUCUAGACAGAAAACAGCAGAUGGGGCCUUACGGUUUUUCGUAUUCCCCACUUGGAAAAAAAAAAUACGGACCGCAGACAGAGGACUUAACAAAGAGGCGUCGGGCUGCAUGGGUCGCUGCUGUAAGAAGGAAAGACAUCACGUUUCAUAAAAUAUCUCCUCAUGCUCGUGUUUGCUCUCGGCAUUUUCAAAAAGGUCAACCCGCAUAUGAGAUGAUGGAGACUGACCCAGACUGGGCUCCAUCCCUGCAUCUGGGCCACACUGACAUCAAACCAACAGACACAGACCGCUCUUUAAGACGUGGUUAUCGGGAACAGCUGAAAAAGAAUGCCCUGCAAGCAACUGAAACGGGGCUCCAUCGGGCUGAUGAAAUCCUUGAGCAACAGGAUGAAGUAACACAUGAGGCGACAGAGAACCCUAACCAGCAACAGACUGACACGCAGAAGGCUGCUGAAAACGUUGGCCGGCCAAACACCAAGGAUGACACAGAAGGUGGUCGUCAGGAAGGACAGACAGAAUGUAACCUGUGUGUGCUCAGGUGUGCAGAGAUGAACCAUCUUUUGGAAGAAAACAGAGAGCUGCGGCGUGAACUUGAUGAGCUGCGGAUCUCUGAUUGCUUCUUUGGAGACACUAAUGAAAAAGUCCAGUACUAUACGGGUCUACCAAACUUGAUCUCUGAUCUUCUGGCUCGAAAUCCUGUGAACCUCUUUGACACCAGCUUUGGCUUCGCCCUCUGGACUGUCCUGCCUUCCUUCAUCUACUUGGAUCUGAUAUCCUGCCAAUUCUGCAGUCUUCAAGGCUUCAGCAUCUGGAACUCUCUGGGCAGUAUUCGCCACGUGGUGUUGGUAGCCAUCCCGCUGGAAUCCACCUCUUCCUUUGGGCACGGAACUGAACUUUAA